CCCACCCCCACACCCCCAAACCUCCCCCAAACCUCUCCUCUUUCAAUUCUUCUCUCAUGGUCCCGGAUGGGCAUCGGAUCCAUGGCUUGCUCUUAUUCCAAGAGCAAUCAAAUCUUCUCCAACCCUAGUCCAUUUAGGACACCAAUUAACCGGCAAAGCGCAACAACGUACAUCGACGUGAAGCACCACUGCGUCUGCUCUAUGAUCAAGCUUCGUUGCGAGAAUUUGACGGUCGUGACCCAGAGGAAGCUGUUCAUAGCGAAGGCCAAAGCAAGCUCAGAUGGUCCGCCGGAGACAUCGAGUGCCAAAAGCACGGAAAAGAAGGGAACCAUCGUUGGUGCAGUGUCGUUGAUCGUCGGAACCAGCAUUGGCUCGGGAAUCCUUGCUCUCCCUCAGAGAACCUCUCCUGCUGGUUUCAUUCCCAGUGCGGCAUCCAUGAUCGUAUGCUGGGUCUUUCUGGUGAUCGAGGCCCUGCUGCUGGCCGAAACGAACAUCCAACUGAGGAAGAAGGAGAGGAAAGAUGAGGAGGGGCGAGGGGGUGAUCUGGAGGUCCUGUCUCUUAGGACGAUGGCCCAAGACACGCUGGGAGAGUGGGGAGGGAACUUGGCCACCAUCACCUACCUUUUCUUGGCUUAUACCUCCAUGGUGGCCUACACGUCCAAAUCAGGGGAAGUCCUUUCUCGCGUGGUCGACCUCCCUCCUUCCAUCUCAGGAAACCUUUUCACUCUCCUCAUGGCACUCCUCAUAUUGCUCGGGGGGACUCGCAUAACGGAUCAAGUAAAUCGUUGGUUGACAGCUUCCAUGAUAGGUUUAUUGGUGACUAUUGAGGUUGUGGCCAUCUCGUUUGGUGGUGGAUCAUAUCCAAUUAUGGAGAUAUCCAACUGGGAAAAGGUUCCACCAACAAUCCCGGUGAUCAUCUUCUCACUCGUGUAUCAUGACAUCGCACCUGUUAUUUGUGCAUAUCUUGGUGGUGAUCUUCCACGAGUGAGGUUCUCAAUAAUAUUAGGCAGUCUUGUGCCAUUGCUCGCUUUACUUGUUUGGGAUGAUAUUGCGCUCAGCCUCUCCUCCCAUUUUGAUGGUGCUGACCCCGUGGACUUGCUUACAAGUGGAAAAUGGAGCAGCAUGUUGCCUAUGGUAGAGACAUUCUCACUUCUUGCAGUUGGGACGUCACUAAUUGGCACUCUCCUUGGAUUCACUCAAUUCUUUAUCGAGCAACUCAUCGAUCUCUCUGUUUUCACUUCAGCUCAAACAAAAGAUGAGCUAAAAGCUGCUAAGACUGGAAAUUGUAAUGCAAGAAGAUGGUGGGAGAACAGCAAGCUUAGUCUUUUGGCAACCUCACUAGUGAUUUUCCCAUCAAUGCUCAUCUCCAUAAUAGUGCCAGAUGCAUUUUCAGUAGCGACUGAUAUUGCAGGUGGUUAUUGCAUGAUAAUAUUGUAUGGAGUCCUUCCACCAACAAUGGCAUGGGCGAUGCAUUUUGGAUUAUCUGAUGGUGAUGCUGACCUCCAUGAAGAUAAAAGUUUCAAAGGUCACUCUAGCACCAGUGCGCAAGGUCCAGUUGCUCGUUUUUCGAUCUCAACCAAAACAAGCAGCAACAAGAAGCUAAAAGGAGAACCGUUGUGUAGCUAAGUUGGAUUUGAACAAGGACAAGCAUCAUGCAGGUAGGUGUGCUCCAAAACCAAAACAAAAGAUAUGAAAACCCAAAUUAGACUUGGACUAAUCAAGUUGGACCCAUUUGCUAGUCUAGAAGAGACUGGCAGGGAAGGAAGCCAGCUUGUUCGAAGGUAUGGCUGAUGCUUAUGAAUCUGGGCACUUGCCCUAGCAGCAAUAGCCCUCUACUUACCAACCAAAACCUUUGGAUUCAAUAUCUGAAUGAUGUAUUUUCAGGAAUCUGGACCUGCAUACUUGUAGUGCUGAUGGAUCUCCUUCCCUUUCUCUCUAAAGAUAUGAAAAGAAAACCUCUCGAGAA